ACAUCUCCUACAAUGCUACAAUUCUAUAGACAGUCCUGAAUUCUAUGGUGGAAUCAGAUGCUGCGCAUGCGUUGGAAAUCCUGCGGGAUCUUAACACAGUCGGAGAAGAACAAGCGAGUUAAGUCAGUUGCUGGGUAUAUCUGUGUUGUGACGAAUAUAAUUCGCCGUUCGUGACUUGUACUUCUCUUGCGUACUUUUCUCUCUUACUUUUUCAGUGUUAUUCUACAACAGAAGCAAAUCCGUGGAACUUUUGCGGCACCUAUUUCUAAAUUAUCCGUUAAUCAAACCAACUAAAUGAUGCAGGCUAACGGAUCUGAAAAUAUUGGUUCAGAAAAUACGAACGAGAAAACGGGAUGGACGGUCGGAUUGAUAAAUGGAAAAUUUAAGUACCUUACAGCUGAAACUUUUGGAUUUAAAAUAAAUGCAAAUGGCUCAAGUUUGAAGAAAAAACAAUUAUGGACUUUGGAAGGUAGCGAACAACAAGUUUACCUUAGAUCUCAUUUGGAUCGCUAUUUGGCAGUGGAUCAGUUUGGAAAUGUUACCUGCGAAGCAGAGGAUCCUAGUGAUCCUGGCUGUGCUUUUCAAAUUCAGCUAGCUUCUGAUGGAAGUGGAAGAUGGGCUUUGAAAAACAUUCAGAGGGGAUAUUUCCUGGGUUCUAGUCAAGAUGAGCUUAAAUGUACAGCCAAAGCUCCGGGUGAACCUGAAUACUGGCUGGUGCAUCUUGCUGCUAGACCGCAAGUAAAUCUGAAAUCUGCUGGAAGAAAACGUUUCGCUCAUUUAAGUGCGACGCAGGAUGAAAUCCAUGUAGAUGCACCAGUUCCUUGGGGAGAAGAUACACUUUUCACGUUAGAAUUUCGUCCUGCUUCGAUAGAGGAUGAUGGUCAAGAACAUUCUAAAUUCGAGGGUGGUCAUUAUGCUCUUCAUACUUGUAAUAAUAAAUAUCUUGCGCGUGAUGGAAAACUCUUAGAUACCUGUACAAGAGACUGCCUUUAUGCGGCCGAAUUUCAUGCUGGAUUACUUGCGCUCAGAGAUCUAUAUGGAGCGUACUUGGCACCCAUUGGAAGUAAAGCUGUUCUAAAAUCAAGAUCAACGACAGUAACGAGAGAUGAAUUAUUCUCUUUGGAAGAAUCACUACCGCAGGCUUCUUUUGUUGCUGCCUUGAAUCAACGAUACGUAUCUGUAAAACAAGGAGUUGAUGUGACAGCUAAUCAAGACGAGAUAUCCGGCCAUGAAACUUUCCAACUUGAAUUUGACCGUGUAACUAAACGGUGGUAUAUACGUACCAUGCAAGAUCGCUACUGGAGUCUCGAAGCUGGGGGAGGAAUCCAGGCAUCAGAGCACAAACGUUCUUCCAACGCUUUAUUUGAUUUAAUCUGGCAAUCAGAAGACGGUACGGUAGCUCUACGUGCUAACAAUGGAAAAUUCUUAGCAACCAAGCGUUCUGGACAUCUCUAUGCUAAUGCGGAUUCUGUAAAUGGACUGGACUCGGAUGUUAGCAAAUAUUAUUUUUAUUUAAUGAACAGACCUGUUUUAGUUUUACGUUGUGAACAGGGAUUCGUAGGACCUAAAAGUUCAUCUAGUCCAAAAUUAGAAUGCAAUAAGGCUAUCUAUGAGACUAUCAGAGUAGAAAGAUGUGAACGCGGAGUUGUUAGAUUUAAAGGUCAGAAUAACAAGUACUGGCAUGCGGACAGCGAAGGAGUAACCGUGGAUUCUGAUAUACCUUCUGAUGGUUUUUAUCUGGAAUUACGAGAACCUUCUCGUAUUUGUAUUAAACACAUCGAUGGGCGAUACCUUACUGCAGGAAAGAAUGGAGCAUUACGUCUUGGGGAAACAGAUUAUGAAUCUGCUACAAAAUGGGAAUUUUAAUCAACCAAACGAUCAUACAUAAUCUAUGUUCUUUUGAAACUGUUUUUACAUAUUUAUUUCAAGGAUUGAUAUUUAAUAGAUACUAUAUUCGAAUUUAAAAACAAAAGUUAAAUACAUAGCUUAUGUACUACUUUGUUCUUAACUUAAGUUUUAUCUUUUUUCGUAUACAUUCUAUUUCACGCUCAAAUGGGAAAGGAAUGAAUUAAACGAUAAUGAUAAAAUAUAAUACGUGUAUCGGGUUGAAGUUUCAAAAGAACAUAGCUAAGAUUUACUGCCCUUUUUAUAGCUUCAAUGUAAUCUAAUAUGAUAUUUACAAGUAUGGGAAAAGCUCGUAUCAAGUACUUAAUUAGGAGUACGCUGUGGAAUUAAUUUUAUACGUCUAACUGUAACUUCCUCCAUUUAUAAAAUAUCGUAUAAGACUGAUCACUCACAUGUUUACAGAGUAAUUAACGAUUACAUCAUUUUUUUUUAAUAAUUUAAUGAAAUAUUUAAUAAUGAUUUAUUAUUUUUACAGAUAAAGUAACUGAAGAAUUUUUUGACCAGAAAAUUGAGAUUUAUUCCGUUGACUCAAUUUUUUCUUUGGAAUAUUAUUUAUUUUUCAAGUUAACUAAAACACUUAACCGAUUGGUAAUUUUAAACGCAAAAAUACUAAUAUUAUAUUUUUCACUUCUUUUUGUUGUUGAAGUUUUGUAAUAAUUAAAAUUGAUAACAUCAGCUGUUAAGAGUCAUUAUCAAUUUUGUAAAUAAUUAUUUUAGAUACUUCAUGAUUUUCUAUAAUCUCUAAUUAAGAUAUUUUAUUAAUUGUGUUAAUCGUAUAAAAAACGAAGUAUAAGAAAAUAAUAAUUUAACCAAUCGUUUAAGUGUUUAAAAAGAAUUUAGCUUUCUAGUCUUCGCAUUAAUAUUAGUAUUAAUACUUGAAUUUCUGUGAAACACUACAUACACUAGACAGCAUAUUUCAUGGUAUGUCAAUAAGUAACAUAGGUUUUCAGUCGAUAAAAGUAAUCAUUCCAUACAAUAAAUACAUUUGUUUUUUACUCAGACAUAUACUAACAUAAACGCACAAAUGUGUAAUUAGUGUAAACCUGCUAUCUAGUGUAUAUGCCUCUAAAAAAAAGAAUAAUUGACGCAAUAAUCGAAUCAGUCUAUGUAAUUUGAGACCACGCUUUUUCUAUGUAAGAAUUUUACAUUCCGUGAGCUGUGCAAUGGUCGAAACAUUCUUACAGGUAUUUUUCCGAAAAAGAAAACUACAUCGGAACCCGCUCAAAGAAAGAAAAAAAAAAUUGAAAGCACACAUUUUAUACUGUUUGAUACCAAUUUUAUCAGCAUGUAAUCUAUCAAUUAGCUUGUAAGAUUUUUCUCUUUUUUGUCGAGUUUCAAUAUGUUUUACGUAUAUUGAAAUUUCAAAUUCGACACAAAGAGAAAAAUUAUUUUUUGAUAUGCCUUUUAUCCUUUUAUACAACACUUUGUUAUCUGCUCUCUAUUUUUUAUACAUAAAUGAAAUUAAUAUUAAGAUCGUUAUUUCAACGAAAUUAUCUGUAAUUUAUGUUAUUUAUCAUACUGAGGAAAGCGGGAUAAACUAAGCGCAUUACAUAAACAAUAAAUUCUGCUAUUAAAAACA